UUGUGUGUGCAGCGUGUGGCUGCUGCUGCUGCUGCUGGUGCUGGUGCUGAUGAUGAUGAUGAUGAGAGGAGCGGCAGGUACACAAACCUUUCAACGGAGAUCCAGCGGCUUGGAUGCGACUUUAAAGCUGCGCAAAGAACAAUAAACACCGACCUCAGCUGUCACCUCUGAAUGUGUUAACCUCUCUUGCCUUAUCAUUAGUAAUAUUUGUUCCUCUUUUAAUGAAAGCAGAAUUGCUAAACAAAAAGAAGGAGUGAGUAGAAAGUGCGCAGCUUCACCGAAAAAGAAGUGAAGAUGCCCAAAUGGGUCUCGUCGCGAUGGGAUUGGAGUUGAAGAACACGUAAGCACUCACAAGUCACCCUGAUUCAACCCGUUGUUAAGGUAACUGGGAACUUGAAAAGGCGUUUUUUGACCUGCUGGGAUGUUGUGAACGACACAGUCGCCUGGGACAAGAAGGAGCGGGGACGCAGAAGGAAGAGAGGGGAACCAGGGUUGGACGAGCACCGGAGGGAUUAUGGCUCUCGCAACGUUAUUUUCUCUCAGCCUCAUCACGCUGGCGCUUACAAACUUGCACCUGUCGAGAGCCAGCGACCGGCAUGCGGUGUACUGGAACAGCUCAAACCUACUGCUACGGAGGGAGGGAUACACCGUGCAGGUCAGUGUCAACGACUACCUGGACAUCUACUGCCCACACUACAACACCAGCCAGCGAGGGACGCUAGAGCGCACCAUUGCAGAGCAGUACAUCCUCUACAUGGUCAGCUAUCGCGGCUACCGUACCUGCGACCCCCAGCUGGGCUUCAAACGCUGGGAGUGCAACCGGCCACAUGCGCCUCACGGACCCAUCAAAUUUUCUGAGAAAUUCCAGCGUUACAGCGCCUUCUCGCUGGGCUACGAGUUCAGCGUGGGCCAGGAGUACUACUAUAUCUCCACACCCACCCACCACCACGGCCACAGCUGCCUGAGACUGAGAGUCUACGUCUGCUGCUCCACCGUCUCCCAGGCAGAUGAUGACUCCAGUCAGACGUCUCCCGACUACACAGUCAGGCCAAACAUCAAAAUACACAACAUUGACGAAUUUAACCCCGAAGUUCCCAAACUGGAGAAAAGCGUCAGUGGCAGCAGCCCCUCACGUGACCGCCUUCUUCUCACAGUGGCCAUGCUGCUUAUGUCUGCUGUCCUUUUGUCCUAGCGACUGUCACCGUGAGUGACACUUCAUGCAUAGCUGGACCGCCUUGUCCAAAGGGCUUUGUAUCCACCAACCGCAAGUUUUUGAUGUGAAAGUUUGCAGAAACACAGUAGAAGUGCAACAGAACCACAAUCAAAAGGGACACAGAAGAAAAAAAUCCUUCAACUUUACUUACUGAACUUUGGGAAAAAAAAAAAAAAAAAAAGGAGAGGCCUUUUUGCUGUCAUGAUUACACCGGUGUAUUUUGACACUCCAUGUGUUUUUGGACAUCAUUAUCAUAUGAAUACCACAGCAUUUCAUACAGGUGUGUUCGCCACAACAUGGAGACCACAACCACAACCUAUAUUCAAAAUCAGACUUCUGUGCUGCUGUCGUGCCUGGCAGCCAACAGGCGAGUGAGGAAGUGAACUAGUAAUGAGUCGGAUGUAGACUACACAUUCUUACUUAUUGUAGCAUGGAUAUCAAAUCACCUGAGGAGUUUAAGCUGCAUCUUAGGUUUUUGUAACUUUAAGCUUUGAAGAAGACAGCAAACAUAACAGGAGUGGACUUCGCAGUGGAUUUUAAGGCCUUGGACCACGGACCAAGUAUGCUCAUGGAUUAAACUCAACUUUGAUGUAGUAAAGAGCAAGCUGGACUCUGGAACUGUACUGAUCUUACCUGAGCUAUACAGGAUAUUUAUGUAAUCAGUCAGUGAUGAGAACUGCUGCCGUUGUCCUGGACAUUGAGGAAUGUUUUCACGUCGUAGUGAGGGAGCUGCCGGUAAUAGGAGCCCAAGGUGUUUCUUAAGAAAAGGGAGAGACUUUGUGAGGAUAUCCACGGGCCUUUCAAGAAUCCAUUUUCUCCAGACAUCAAAAAUACCCCUGGCUUUGUGAUAGGUACAGAUGCAAAGCCUGCGUUUCUUAGAGGAUAGCGAGUGCCCUCUUAGAACUAGUCCUUUGUCUGCAUUUCUUGCCUUCACACUGUAACAACCCUAGAAAAAUACAGACCCAGGACUAGUGAUUUGAUGGCACUUAGACGUGGUAGAUGUGUGUUUUGUUCCGAUGCAUUUACCUUAAGCACUUGGCGUAGAUUUUCCGGAUGUCAAACCUUUCUCCUCACAGCAAUCAGCAGAGUCAUUCAGAGUAACACUAAUUUACAAUUCUUAGAACCUCUCUCAGCAGCGAGUUCCCUUUUAAUCCCAGACAACCCUGUCUAUUCCUUUUCCACUUCAGAGGUUCCCAGCCAAUCAGUGCUGAUGGCCAUUACAGCAGUCAAGAGUCACCAUGGAAACGACCCCAUACAGUCGCCAGAGUGCGGCAGGUGCCUGAGGAGAAUUUGUGCUUUGAGUCUCAAAGUAACGCUGCCGCCAUUUUGUUAAAAAAAAAAAAAAAAAACAACACAACAUGUGUGAAUGUGCAAAUAAAGAGAAGUUCACUUUUUUUAUAUUGUUAUACAGGACAACGUAGGCUGGCAUUAAUCAGAUUACAAUGUUGUGCUUUUUUAAUUUAUUUACUUUUCAAAUGUAUUUAUUUUAACAUUAAAGUAUAUUAUUUAUCUACCUAAUUUAUUAGUGUGCAUUUGUAGGCCUUUGCUCAAUAAGCUAUUGUGCCAUUUUUUAUCAUUUUUUUUAAACAGUGGAAUUUUUACUGCAGCAUUUGCUUGUGUAGAUAAAUAGUCAGAUGUAAUUCAGCCUGACAAAAGGGGACGGCUAUUGGUUAUGACUAAUCAGUAGGGACAUACACUCAGUAACCCUACUGUCAUGUAACAGAUACUGCUAACCAGAUCAUGUUGCUGAAGAGCAUGUCAUAAACCAACUGUGAAUGCACAGACAGAGCUGAUGUUGAUGGAAGGGCAGCAUUCCUCAAUUGCUGUGCUUGCGAAACGUAGGAGUCUGCAUUGUAAUGUAUAUUUAUAAUACAUGCCGGUUAUGGAAUGUUCGUGCACAAGCGUGUGUGAGCGUGCGUGCGAGCGAGAGGCUCUAUCUGCCUGCUUUCCUGCGUGCGUGCGUGCAUGCGUGCAUGCGUGCGUGCGCGCGCGUGUGUCUGUGCGUGUGUGGGAGCGAGCAAGAGUCCAAAAACAUAUGUGUGCACAAUUUGUGUGCGUAUGUAUGUAGAAUGUGUUUGUCCGCGCUUUCGAGUAUGUGGCACUUAGAAAUUUCGUACCCGUUAAGGAGUCGUUUGUAGGAUCUGAAUAUGCAAGUGUGUAUGAGAGAAUGUGCUCUUCUGUAAUGUUAAUUACGGGGUUUGGGAAGCGGGCGAAAAGCAUUUACUAAUGUUGAAGACAACCACGAGAAAAUGUGUUUACCUUUGACAAGAAUGAAUUUAAAAAGAAAAAAAAACUGUAAAUUGAACCAAGAAUGAUU